UGCUGUACAAACCUCGACGGAGAUGUCAAGAGAGAACCUGGUGAUGCGGCGGUGGAAUUCUCUCUGCCGCGCACUCGGCAUCGAUAACGCGCCCUCCGAGGAAUGGGGCAAAACUUUGCGAGACGGAUACAGCGAGGAAGGCCGCCACUACCAUACCCUUGAGCACGUCGCGGACAUGCUGGAACAGGCCGACAGAGACUUUCCUAACCUACGACACCCACGGCUUGUUCAGCUGGCGAUCUUCUUCCACGACGUCGUCUACGACCCCAAGAGCGGGAGCAACGAGGAGGACAGCGAAGCGUUGUUCAGAAAGUUCUCGGAGGCAGUGGGAUUGAGCGCCUCUGACUCGACUACGGUUUCGGACUACAUCAUCGCCACGAAACGACAUAGCGUUUCCGGGUCGGACGACCGAGACCUGCGGGCUUUCAUCGACCUCGACAUGGCGGUUGUCGGGAGAGAACGUAGAGGUUAUCUCACCUACGCUUCACAGAUUCGUGAAGAGUACAUCCAUGUUCCAGCCGACACGUACUGCAAAAAGCGAGCGGAAAUUUUGCGCGAAUUUCUCACGACAGGCUCGAUAUUCGCCACUGACGAAUACCAACGAACCUUCGAGGCAAAAGCGAGAGAAAAUGUGGCAGCUGAGGUGGAGAUGCUCAACGCAGGGGUUAUUCCUACCGGAUGCACGGAGAAAGUUGUUGAGAGGACGGAACAAGUUGCUGAGAGGAGGGUUUCGUAAAAUUGAUCGUAUGUUGAUAUUAGAAGCAUGAGUUGUGCUCAAAAGACUUGGUUCCAAAACAUGUUGCGCACACCGGCAAUGAUGUUUGCGCGCGGGUAGGUGUCAGGUGUGCUGUUGAUCGAGCAUCGCGCGUUAUCAUGUACAAAGCAAAACGGGGGAGAUAUGGUGUGUUGGUUCGAAAAAAUAUUAAACACGUGACAAGCGAUUGACCACUUUGUUCCGCGACGGAUUCCGUGCCUUUGCUGGAAGUGCCUUUCAAUGAGCUGAUGAAUGCCCAGGAAGUACAUUCUUUGGGGCCCGUGUUGUACCAGCAAGCAUGCUGCAGUAGAUGAAGGCGAGGCCAAAACUCGGCACAUGUAUUUACUCUCAUCACUCUCAUCACUUUUCGUUCAAGAAUGAGCGAGUAGAUUGCGCAUAUACUCGCCUUGCCGGUCCCACGACAAGGGACGUGGAGUUCGAACACUGGUCUGUGUGCUUUGGCAUCAUCGGAUGCGCCAUUAUUUCCAGUUGUCUAUCUCCUCUCUACAAACAACCUCGCACUUAGGCCUCAUGACCCAAGAAGGGCAGCCCCGCAAAAAAAAAGUGACGUUUCAUCCGACGAGGACAACAACAGGUUCGAGCAAGAUGAGUCUUCCGCCCUCCACGAAAGCCUCAAGCAGUGCCGUUGACGCCGAAACCACAACGAACGUAUCGACUAGGUUCAUACGCUGUUAUCUGGUCAACGCACGCAACAGCGCUCUUGCCCGACGGCUGCAAGGCAAAACACAUAACAGCCAGUUCUUUACGAAUGCUGAAGGUUAGACCAGUGACUUCGGGUUUUUGUACAUGUGGAACAAGGUAAGUGUACACAAUGUACAUUGGCGCGUAAGUGCGACCACAUCUUCACAACCGCUACGCACCUAGCACACACGCAGCAGCAGUGGAACAAAGCCUAUACGGUUGAGCUGAACAUCAGCUCUCGGCGCCGUAUUUGUACAGACUACGGGUGACCCCAUUGUCGCCAAAACGCAGCCUAUUGACUACAAGCUACGGUAGGACAAGACAUCACGCCUCGCCCCGUCGUCGACCACCGCAAGUGAACCUUACUCUUCUUACAACUAUGCUGUUGAAUUCCGCGUGCGGAAAGUUGCGCUCGCGACAGCAGCAGUAGUACGUGAUGCAUUCACCACCUUUCUCCCGCAAACCAGCCCGGGGGAGGCCACUGCGGGUGAUCGAUCCCGUACCCGGCGAAAGGGUUGCACCGCAUCAAACGCCACGCCGUCAGAACCGCCCCCUUCGUCGGGCCGAACUUCUCGAUUGCUUGCACGCCGUACACCGAACACGUCGGCAAGAAGCGGCACGCCGGAGGGAUCAAAGGCGACAGCUCCUUCUUGUACGCCUUGAUGAAGGAGAUCAUGGCCGCUCCAACCUUGUCGACGGCAGCUCCCCCUCCGUCCUGCUCCCCGCCGUCGCUGGCCAGCACAAGUCGCGACACCGCCGACUUGGCCGACGCUACUGCCACCACCCCGGCCGCACAUGCCAACGUCCAGAGGGCCGGUGGGCUUCCACGAGGUUGUGCUGAGCGUUGGCCCCGGCCUGGCCACAACGGUCUCGCUAACGUUGCCACUCCCCCAAGAGUGCAGUGGUUCAUGCACGCGACAACCGGCGUGCGGUGGCGACGACUACACCGAACAGAUGCUGCUGCUGCUGCUGCUGCUACCGGUGCGUCCCCAAGGCUGUAGUCGGCUGCUCGUGCGGUGUGGCGGCGAGCAGGACAACCGUCGAUUCCAGGAGCGCCACCGAAGCAGCCCGGAAGCCAUACCACCACCAACGAGAAGAAUAGCACCAGCGGCGCUCGGAGCGUAGUUGUUGGUCGGGUCAUGGGUUGAUCAUGAAGGUUGGCGAAGCACCCCGCCGGCUGCCUCGUGUGUUCGUCUUUCUUCGCUCAAGACUCGACGAUGUAGCUUCAACGUUUUCGAUUGGUGCAAUCAGCCAGUAGCAAGACCCGAGUGCCCCAGUUAAGCCGUGCCUUAACAGCAGUUUGCAAUGCACAAGCUC